AUGGCCGUGUGCCGGCUUGUGUGCGUCGCCGUCUUCUCUUACCUCCUGGUCCUGUCAGCUGAACGCGUUGCCCACAAGCGACUGCUGCACGAGGCCGACAGCUUUCUGACUCGGCGCGUGGAGCCAAGGACCCCUCGAGCGAAUCAGCGACCGCUGUGCAAGAUGACUUUCCUUUGUGACCUCACCUACAACACGCGCCAGCCCAGUGAAGGAUCAGGAGGAGGUGGUCCUCGUGGAGGGGCCUUCGUGCCGGGUGAUGGGCAGUGGGAGCCUGAGAGGGCGGGGACGGAGUUCAAGCUGUGGCCAUCCUGCUUUCGAGGUGCCCAGCUGCUCCUCUCGACCCCCGUGCGUUUCCAGGGCGACGCGGUCUUCGCAGGCCAGCUGAGCGUAAAGGCCGUCGGCGACGGCGAGAUGCAGGGCUCGUGCAUCACCGUCGACGGCAACUUUACAUUACAGCCCGAAGCACACCUCAGCCUUCAGGGCUGCCAGAACCAGGCUGAGGGCGGGUUCGAGAAGGAUGCAGGCAACGGAGGCUGCCUCCACGUGGGCGGCGAUGCCGAACUUCGGGGCGGCCACUUGCAGCUGAAUGGAUGCACAGCAGACAGGGGGGAGGGAGGCGGUAUCGUCGUCGGAGGUGCGCUGCAAAGUCGGACAGCGACUAUCGAUGCAGAAGGAUGUCAUGCAUGGUAUGGAGGUUUCCUGCGAGCUUCCAAGGAGCUUCGCAUCUUGUGGAGUGCACCCUACCUGUCCAGGAAGUUGCAGCUUCUGCAAGGCUUGGGAAGCUUCGACUUGGCGAAAACCCAGUGUGGAAGGGAGGAGGACAAGAAGUUCAUUCAUGGCGCUAUUGUGGAGUGGUAUGGCAGCCUGGAAGCUUUCACGACCUAUGUGAGGGGCCCUUUGCGCGAAGAACUUUUACUGGAUCACUCCAGCAACAAGCUCCCAUGGGGGUAUGCUCUGGUUGUGGUGAUGCCGAUCAGCAGCUUUGGCUUGGAUGGGCUCGCGGGGCUCAUAAAAGCCAAGGCCUCGACGAACGUCAUCCUGUCUUUCUUGUUCGGCUAUGCUUUGGGGACCGCCUUUGUUGGCGCAAUGCUUUGCAUUCAGCUGUUGAUGGUUCUUGGCGGCGCGUGUUACAGGGAGCAGACAUCCAUUCUUGGCCGCGCAGCUCAAUCUGUGGUCGUGCUUCUUGCCUUGGGUGCAGGAUCUGUCCUUGUUGUCAGAGUUGGUGUCAUGGGAUACCACGGUGGUGUCCCAUCGUCGUGCCUCGCCUUGGUUUUCAUGAUGAUGGCUCUGUGGCUCAUCCAUGCUGGGCAUCGUCAAGCACAGAAGGUACACGCAGUUUGGUGGAGAUGGAGGCAGCGUGCUGUAUCAGCUGCUGCAGCCUUGCAAUUCAAAGAAAUCUGA